GUAAAUAGUGGGCCCGGCAGGAAGAUGGCGGCCGUGGCGGAGGUGUGAGCGGACCCUGCUCCCUGCGGUCGGCUUUGCGCUCCCCGCCUUCCUCUCCUCCUCCCUCCUUGACUGAGGUUGGCAUCUAGGGGGCCGAGUUCGGGUGGCGGCGCCGGUCGCAGCGCAGGGGUCACGGCCACGGCGGCUGACGGCUGGAAGGGCAGGCUUCCUUCGCCCCUCGUCCUCCUUCCCCGGUCCGCUCCGUGUCAGGCGCGGCGGCCGCGGCGCGGCGGCCGCGCUUCGUCCCUCUUCCUGUACCCGCACGCCCGGGACCAGGCACUGUUGGCUGUGCCAUCCCCCGACCCCACACCCCAGGGACUGGGUGCCUGCACUGGCGCAGCUCGCGGAGCGGGGGCCGGUCUCCUGCUCGCCUGUCGCGCCUCCAUGUCGGAUAACCAGAGCUGGAACUCGUCGGGCUCCGAGGAGGACCCGGAGACAGAGUCCGGGCCGCCUGUGGAGCGCUGCGGUGUCCUCAGCAAGUGGACAAACUAUAUUCAUGGGUGGCAGGAUCGUUGGGUAGUUUUGAAAAAUAAUACUCUGAGUUACUACAAAUCUGAAGAUGAGACAGAAUAUGGCUGCAGGGGCUCCAUCUGUCUCAGAAAGGCUGUGAUCACGCCUCAUGAUUUUGAUGAAUGUCGGUUUGAUAUUAGCGUAAAUGAUAGUGUUUGGUAUCUCCGUGCCCAGGAUCCAGAUCACAGACAGCAGUGGAUAGACGCCAUUGAACAACACAAGACUGAAUCAGGAUAUGGAUCUGAAUCCAGCUUGCGUCGACAUGGCUCAAUGGUGUCACUGGUGUCUGGAGCAAGUGGCUAUUCUGCUACAUCCACUUCAUCAUUCAAGAAAGGCCACAGUUUACGAGAGAAAUUGGCCGAAAUGGAAACUUUUAGAGACAUCCUGUGUAGACAAGUUGAUACUCUGCAGAAGUACUUUGAUAUCUGUGCUGAUACUGUCUCCAAGGAUGAACUUCAAAGGGAUAAAGUGGUAGAAGAUGAUGAAGAUGACUUUCCUACAACACGUUCUGAUGGAGACUUCUUGCAUAACACCAAUGGCAAUAAAGAAAAAUUAUUUCCACAUGUAACACCCAAAGGAAUUAAUGGCAUAGACUUCAAAGGGGAAGCGAUAACUUUUAAAGCAACUACUGCUGGAAUCCUUGCUACACUUUCUCAUUGUAUUGAAUUAAUGGUAAAACGUGAAGAGAGCUGGCAGAAGAGACAUGAUAAGGAAACAGACAAGAGAAGAAGAGUAGAGGAUGCAUACAAGAAUGCAAUGGCAGAACUUAAGAAAAAAUCCCAUUUUGGAGGACCAGAUUAUGAAGAAGGUCCAAACAGUCUGAUAAAUGAAGAAGAGUUCUUUGACGCUGUUGAAGCUGCUCUCGACAGACAAGAUAAAAUAGAAGAACAGUCACAGAGUGAAAAGGUCAGGUUACACUGGCCUACAUCCUUGCCAUCUGGAGAUGCCUUUUCUUCUGUGGGGACUCAUAGAUUCGUCCAAAAGCCCUAUAGUCGCUCUUCCUCCAUGUCUUCCAUUGAUCUAGUCAGUGCCUCUGAUGAUGUUCACAGAUUCAGCUCCCAGGUGGAAGAGGUGGUACAGAACCACAUGACUUAUUCAUUGCAGGAUGUAGGUGGUGAUGCGAAUUGGCAAUUGGUUGUUGAAGAAGGAGAAAUGAAGGUAUACAGAAGAGAAGUAGAAGAAAAUGGAAUUGUUCUGGAUCCUUUGAAAGCUACGCAUGCAGUUAAAGGUGUUACAGGACAUGAAGUCUGCAAUUACUUCUGGAAUGUUGAUGUUCGUAAUGACUGGGAAACAACUGUAGAAAACUUCCAUGUGGUGGAAACAUUAGCUGAUAAUGCAAUCAUCAUUUAUCAAACGCACAAGAGAGUGUGGCCUGCCUCUCAGAGAGAUGUAUUAUAUCUUUCUGCUAUUCGAAAGAUACCAGCCUUGACUGAAAAUGACCCUGAAACAUGGAUAGUUUGUAAUUUUUCUGUGGAUCAUGACAGUGCUCCUAUGAACAAUCGAUGUGUCCGUGCCAAAAUAAAUGUUGCUAUAAUUUGUCAGACCUUGGUAAGCCCACCAGAGGGAAACCAGGAGAUAAGCAGAGACAACAUUCUAUGCAAGAUCACAUAUGUAGCUAAUGUGAACCCUGGAGGAUGGGCACCAGCAUCGGUGUUAAGAGCAGUGGCAAAGCGAGAAUAUCCUAAAUUUCUAAAACGUUUUACUUCUUAUGUCCAAGAAAAAACUGCAGGAAAACAAAUUUUGUUUUAGUACUAACAGUGAUUAAAGCAAGGCUGUGUGGCAAUCCAUAUUGGAGAAAGAAAAGGAAAAAAUCGAAUGCUCUAAGCUGUAACACAAUAUAUACAGCCUUGUCUGUGGCCCAAGGAGAAAGAUGCACUAGUAAAGAUGGAUAUCUAACACUAGCCAUCGCUGCUAGAUCUUCUCGCUCAGCGUGUAACUGUUAACACAUGUAAAAUUACAUGUACAUGGCUAUAUUUUUAUUUGCUUGCUCCUAGAAGAGAAAAAAACAAACUUUGAAUCACAACUAGAAAUUGAUGCUUUGAUUUGGGGGAACUUUUUCAGAAUUUUUUAUUUACUGUGGUCCAGCCUAAGAUCUUCAGUUGUAUCAGGUUUUGUGCACAAAAGAAAAGCACAGAAGUUGAACGCACAUGGGUCAUGUGCUUUCUGUGCACCAAAUGUUUAGAUGGGGUUCUUUUUACAGGCCUACAGUCAAAUCUGUGUCUAGAAUUUUUUUGACUUUUUUGCUUUGUAUAAUCAUAGAAUUCAUUGCUGCUGGUUUCUAUAAUGAUUCAUAUUGUUGUAUGUCUUACUAACCGAGGGCUGUUGAUAACCUGUGAUUUUUGCCUUUUCUAUAGUCUUACUCCCAUGAAGAACCUUGGUUCUGAUGGAGAAAGAGUGAAAAGCUUUAUUUCUCUCCCGGAUGUCUUUAUAUUUUUAUUAUAUAUUUUAGUUGUGUAGUACAUGCUACCAACUUUUUCAGUUUGUUACAAACACAGUUUGGUAAUUCUUAAAUUUGUUCUGCCUGCCUGCAGACAGAAACAUCUGUACAACUCUUGUGGGUAUAGAAUACUUUCUAGUACAAUGGUCAGGAUAAAAUGAGUAUACUUUUCCUGAAAUUUGUAAGAGAAUAUAUGGUAUUACUUGUUAAAGCAGAUCAGACUGUUUGAAUUUGACAUUUGAUUCAAUAUUUCUAGUAUUCCUGAAUUUGACAUUUGAUUGACUAUUUCUAGUACUCCAUAACAGAUUAUAUGGUAGUUUUUCUAGCUUGGAUCAGUUUAAAAGCUACAUCACAAGAUACACAUAGAAAAUCUGAGCAAUGCUCCCAUUUGCCUCUUGAUCAGAAAUUUCAACAGCAGUAAAAAAAGUUCCACACAAUUCAAACUGCAUUGCCUUCUUUAGUUGCUGUAAGAAACUAACAUGUAAAGUACCUGUUUUAGUUGCAGUCCUUUGUGGAAAAUGUUGAAGCAUGGAGUUGAGGCAAGGAAAUGGUACUCACUGCAGCUGAAAUGACUGCCCACUUCAGGCUCCUCAUUGUGUUUACACACGAUGUACUUAAUGUGAAUCAGAGGCAUUUUGUAGAUGCUUUGCUGACUUGUUCAUCUCUUUAGAAUCACAAAAAUCAGACCCGUUUUGUAAAGCAAAAAGUCAUGUCAUGUAAAACUGUCCUGUAUAUAUUCCAUACAUGGAAAUGGAGUCUAAAUGGUAAAUGCAAGCUGAUAAUUUAAUGAUGGGAUUAGUCUGAUCAUGUGAUAUGCACAAUCCUGGAAGUGAAUUACUUGCAUCAGAUAUAGUGAUAUUUAUUAUUCUGUACAGAGAGAAAAAUACAUAUAAAACAUAUAUCUUACUUUCAUGCACGCAGUUUCACGCUCCAUAAAUCUUUUCUAUUUUUUAAUUUACCUGUCUCUAAAUGAUGUGCAUGGAAAAUGCCUUAUUACAGAAAAUGCUGUUCAUAUUUGAUUAUGUGGAAAAGUGCCUAUAUGGUGGUAAUGCUAGUAAGGCAAAUAAGACAAAUUAUCAUGCCAGUUUACAUCACCAGUUAACAUUUUCUAUUGUGACGUUUGGAAAAGAAAAGUUUAUACCUCAAAUGUGUAUUUUCUUUUACAAUCAGCUGUGGGGUUAGGUUGGGAGAACAGGAGGGUCUGGGAGGGAUGGUGGUUUAUUCACCAUAGGCACUGGUGGGAAUCUUCAAAAAAAAAUUCUCUACACCCACUAUAAAUGUUUCUCUAUUUGCAUUUCUGGCAACUAUCAUGAACCCAGACAAUUAACUUUCAUAACUAAAUUGAAUAGCUUUAUUUUACAAAUAUUUGCAAAGUUUACAAAGCAGUAUCUAAAUCAAAUUAUCAUUAGUUGCGUUUGCACUAAAUGUGGUGAUACACUUUUGCAAUUUAUUUUGUAAAUAAAAUGAUUACACUUAAAAUAUUUGUAUUAAAAAAAGAAGACAAGAAAAGAAAAAUAACUGCACUGGUACUUCAUUGGAAUUAACCUUGCCCAAACAGAUUUAAAAGUGAGUUCAGAAAUACGGAAGGAAUUGAAAAAAGUCAAAGUUUGGAGGGGUACUUGCCUUUUAGACAAUAUUUGGUAGUGUGCAUACUGAAUAUUCAUGGUGUAUUCUCAUCCAUGGGGAAUUCUCUUAAUCCAAGUGGAGGGAAGCCCUUUGCUCUCUAUUCUACUCAAAUAUUUUCUGACACCUGAAAAAUAUUGGUGAUGUUGGGGGUGUGUCCAUUGAAUGUACAGUGAGCAGGAGGAUAGAAUGGAGGACUCAGGAUUUUGUGCUAGAGAUUGUCACUGCAGUACUUGGUUUGGAAUUGCUACAAGGGCAGCCAGACCAAAGAGGAAGAUGUCUAAGAGGUAUGAGGAGCCAAAGAAGGAAAAGGAAGAAUGGCUUUCCCAUCUGUUUGUUUUUAUCAACUAAUUCAUACACCUAUACAACAUCAGUGUCAGUUGCUACUGUGAAUUUUCGCUGGACUGAGCUGGUUUGCUUGUGAAAUCGUGCAGGUUACCUUUAAGCUUAUCGGUUUGUCCCUGCGAACACUUCACCAGUAUUUAGUCUAGGCUAUACAGAUGACGCAUUUGGAUUGUUGUUGUUCAUCUACAGACAAAAAACAUAAUCAUUUAAAAAGUACCUUGGGAGUGUGUAGAGUGUAACUAUAAUAGCUUUAUGAUUCUGAUGAUUUUUUAAAAUAAUAAAAAUGGAUCUUCCAUGUUACAGUCACAAAAAUCAAAACCAGUAUUUAAAAGUGGAAAAGUAUUAAAAAAAAUUAUGGAUAAAUGUGCUUGCUUGAUUUGUUUUCCUUAACCCCAAGAUACUGUCCUAGGUAAUUUUCCGGGUAGUUUAAAAAGUUUUCUUAAAAUAUUCCAAUUCAGUAACCCUAUUUGUAACCCCAUUAGGGAUCAUGAAAAUUUUGAGGUACAACCUAAUUUUUUUUUUAAAUAAAUGAGAACAGAAUGAGGUAUAUAUCAGGUACAUGGCGUGUAAUAAAGGUAAAUACUUUGUCAGUCUUUUGUCAUAUGUAUUAUAUAUAUAUAUAUAUGUGUGUGUAAUGGAUUACAAUUCUAAAUAAUUUUAUUAUGGAUUAUAUUUAAAAAGUCUUAUAUGGUUGCUGGAGAGUGAAGCCAUACACAGUUUCCUAAAAUGGAAGCUCAGUGCCAGUGAAUCCUACACAUUUUAAUUUGUAUUCAGCUGCGUGCUCUUAGCCAUAAAUAAAUAAUUUCUCAUGUACUU